UGGUCUCCGCUGAAUACAGAACAAUCCCCUUAUUCGUAAACAUGAAGCUGCUCUCGAUGGCUCUGGUCCUGACGGUGGCCCUGGCAUGCCUGGUGAGUUGGAGCAGUGCCAUGGAUAUCGACGCUACGGAGGAUAUGGAUAUGGUGGAUACGGUGGUUACGGGGGUCGUGGAUAUGGAUACGGUGGUUAUGGUGGAUACGGAGGAUAUCAUGGUGGAUUUUAUGGAUAGAGAUAUUUCUCAUACCAACAUAUACCUACUGGCCUGAGAGAUACUUGAAAAUAUCAUGACACUGGAUUUCUUUUGAAUAAAC